CGUCCGGGAGCCGAGGCGGGCAAGGGUUAGAGCAGAAUUAGCGGUGGCUGCUUCGAGUUGCGAGUUGCACUGGGCGUUGAGGCGUUUGAUGUCGGUACCGGUUAUCUACCAGACAACGAAGCGAUUUAUGCUACAAUAUCCUGUUUCAGCACUGCCAAGGCUAUGCGAGAACGCGGCCAGGACAGCCUGGCAGGACUCGUGCUGUAUGUAGGACUCUUUGGGCACCCCGGGAUGCUGCACAGGGCCAAGUACAGCCGCUUUCGGAACGAGUCCAUCACGUCUUUGGACGAAGGCAGUCCUGGAGUCUCUGUCGGAAACAAGGGCUCGCCGCAGAAUCCCCACCCCGCCCUGGCACCUCACCUGCCGGCUGAAGAUGCCACCUUGCCGACCCAGGAGAGCCCCACCCCACUAUGCACCUUGAUCCCCCGCAUGGCCAGUAUGAAGCUGGCCAACCCUGCCACUUUAUUGAGUCUGAAAAACUUUUGCCUGGGUACCAAAGAGGUGCCCCGGCUGAAGCUCCAAGAAAGCCAGGAUCCGGCUCCCAGCAGCCCGGCUUCCCCUGAAAGCAGUCUAAAUAGAAUCGGGUCUGCACCUGCAUUGCAACCAGACCUGUUGGGACACAGGGUGACCUCCUUAACCCCUGAUGCUUGUCCGCUUCCCGGUCCUGGAGAACCAGUCCCCAGGAGCAGGCAGGACAGACACUUUCUGCAACCUCUGUUGGGGAUGGGCAUGAACUUCUGCGUGAGGUACAUGGGCUGUAUUGAAGUGCUGCAGUCAAUGAGGUCACUGGAUUUUGGAAUGAGAACCCAAGUUACAAGGGAAGCAAUAAGUCGCCUGUGUGAAACUGUCCCUGGAACAAAUGCAGUCACUAAAAAGCGAAAGCCUCCAGUUAAGUCCCUAUCAACAGUUCUUGGCAAAAGUAACCUUCAGUUUUCGGGAAUGAAUAUAAAACUGACCGUCUCAACAUGCAGCCUCACACUGAUGAAUCUCGACAACCAACAGAUUAUUGCAAAUCAUCAUAUGCAGUCAAUUUCAUUUGCUUCUGGAGGGGAUCCGGAUACUACAGACUAUGUUGCCUAUGUAGCUAAAGAUCCAGUUAAUCAACGAGCCUGCCACAUAUUAGAAUGCCGCAAUGGAAUGGCCCAAGAUGUCAUAAGUACCAUUGGGCAGGCUUUUGAACUCCGGUUUAAACAGUACUUGAAAAAUCCUUCUUUGAACACUUCUUGUGAAAGUGAGAAGGCGCAUAUUGAUGACCUUUCAGAGGAAAGAGAAGAUCAUGAAUACUACAAUGAAAUCCCAGGGAAGCAGCCACCUGCAGGUGGCAUUUCAGAUGUGCGGAUCAAAGUUCAAACCACAGAACAAAUGGCUUACUGCCCAAUACGCUGUGAAAAGUUAUGCUAUUUACCUGGAAACUCCAAGUGCAGCAGUGUAUAUGAGAACUAUCUGGAAAAAAGCAGGGCAAUAGGUAAUGCUCAUGAGAGAGGGGUGCAGUGCCAACGAGAUGCCUCAUUAAUGAAGCACACAUGUCGAGUGGAUCUCUUUGAUGACCCCUGCUACAUCAAUACACAGGCUCUUCAAAGUACAUUUGGCUCUGCUCGAAAUCAAAACUCAGCUCAGCCACUGGGAAGCUCAUGGCACUGUGGAAAGGCACCAAAAACUGUUCAGCCGGGUGCCAUAGCCCAGCCUGCCAGCUCACAUUCUUUGCCACACAUUAAGCAGCAGCUGUGGAAUGAAGACUGCUACCAUGGCAAGCUGAGCAGGAAGGCAGCUGAGAGCCUUUUGGUAAAGGAUGGGGACUUUUUGGUUCGAGAGAGUGCAACAUCCCCUGGCCAGUAUGUACUGAGUGGACUACAGGGAGGCCAGGCAAAACAUCUUCUCCUGGUGGAUCCUGAAGGCAAGGUGAGGACCAAGGAUCAUGUGUUUGAUAAUGUUGGCCACCUUAUCAGAUACCAUAUGGAUAAUAGUUUGCCAAUCAUCUCUUCUGGAAGUGAAGUAAGCCUUAAACAACCAGUGAGGAAAGAUAGUAAUCCAGGACUUUCGAAUUCCAAGAAAUGACAACAUUGAAGCAUCACCACAAUGGUAUUUCAAGAAACUCCAUUUUUUGUUAGUCCACAUAAAUAUUUCAAACUUUGUUUCUUAAAAAAAAAAAGAUGCACAAACUGCGAAAUGCAUCUUUCCAAGAAUAUCAUGGACAAAGUCUUUUAUGAAAAAAGAACUAACAAUAUAUCUUCAGAAAAUGAAAGUCAGAGAAAAGGAAGAGGAAUGGUUCAUUUGAAAAGAAAUCAUACAUAUGCACGGAUGUCACUUUUAAGGUCAUAUUGCAUUGAUAACAAGCUAAAAGCACAAUUAAAAUAUCACAUGCUAAAGACAACUUGAACUGCUAGGGCAGUGAAUGUGCCUUUUAACUUGAUGAUUUGGGGAAGUUUUCAUAUGGGGCAGAUUAGUUCCGAGUGUCUUCAUGUUCUGUAUUACAGAACCAUUUGCCAAAAAUGUUUUUUCUUGCUAAAAAAACAAACAAAAAAAGAAGCAUUUUGCUUGAUAAUUACUGAUUUUAUUACAUUUUUCUGUUUAAUAGCGUUUUUCAUGGCAAUGUUAAAAUAAAUAUGGCAUUGAAUUCAAACUGUGUCUAUGCCAGUGGAGUCAAAUCAAA